CAUGCCGUGGCACGAGGUACAACGAUCAGACAGGUACCAUCCCGUUUGCUAACCGGAUGGACGAUCGCGACGAUCGCUCGAUACGGAUCGGUGUAAACGCGUAAAAGUCAUAGAGGUGAUUGCUCUCUCCGGGUGCAGAUCGGUUUUUUUGACAGUGUUGAUCUCGCGAACGGAUUUUGUUAUCCAUCCAAUGUUACCUACAGGCUAACAAUCGGCAAAUGCAUACAGGAGACGCACGCGCGAUCAAAGUCGAAUAUAAUAUUGUGAGGUUCGGAUCAUCAAUUUACAAAACGUGAUUGCUUGUAGCGCAUGAUUCGUGUUGAGGGAUCGAUCGGCAAGACAACAAGUUCAGUGAGAAAGUGCGGGAACGCGCGGCAAAGAAUUAGUGAUCUUGAAAGAGGCAGUCACGCGGAACAAAAACGAUCUAAUUCGCCAGCCAAGAGCAAGGUCGCGUUUUCUUCACGCGCAAACCGGAAGCAGGCCGGAAAAGCGGACUUGGUCUGCCGGGGGAUUACAGUGACGUUAUGAGACGCGCCUGACAGAUCCUCUCGGAGUUGCACUCAAGGUUAAUGCGCUGCACGAUGGCUACUGAGAAACAUGUCUGUCUGUUCGUCUUUCUCACUUUGACAUGCGGUUUUUCUCAUUCCUGGACAUCUCAAAAUGAAGGAAGAAAGCUAUUCGGGGGUUACACAAUAGUCCCAAAGACGUGCCGGCCGUCGAUACCGUCGCGCAUCAAGUCGAGCGAGCAACCGAUAUGCAUGUUCAAUUACGAAUGCACGAGACGCAACGGCGAGGUCGUCGGCGCUUGCAUGGACGGCUUCCUUUUCGGUGCGUGCUGCCAAUUGCCACCGAAGAGCUCGACGAGUGGCGACUCGCUUGGCAACGAGGAACUCCUGCAUACGCACCAAAUCGAUCACGUACCCGACAUACCUAUUCUAUUGAAUUCAAACGGCAUGCCAAUCGGUAUGUCGGCAUCGCCAAGCGAUGAGACUACAAAGACCGACAAAAUGAAUGCCUCAAAUUAUCUGAACAGUGAGACGACAUACACAAAACUGUCCAGUUCGAAUCAGGCUUCCCCGUCGCAUGAUGUAACGAAUAAUGGUGAAAAAACUCAAGUACCCGAGCAAGCGGACAUCAGUCAUUUGGCGGAAGAUUUUCCGGCUCUGUUAGGUCAACAAGAUAUUAUCGACGAUUUAAGAUUGCCGGGACUGUUAACUCAUUCGGAUUCCAAUAAUGAUAUUCAGGACCAUCAGGACCCGUCAAUGGCAAAUCCAGUCACUACACUGUUGAGUCCGGAUCAGAUUCUUCAAAUAGCGGAUCCGGUGGACCAACUUCCGGUAUUGUUCUCUCAGGGACUUGGUAAGAAUAAUCACAGCGAUCCGGAAACAAUAUUGUUGAACGAGAAUGGCACAAUGCUCGAAGAAACUAACAAUCCGGACGAGAUUUUCCGACCUCCUGUCGCAACGACGAUCAAUAAUAUUACGCAAGAUGGAAGCACGUCAAGCAUUUGGAUCAAGUUUCCAGAAGAAUCCGCUUCUUCCGCGGAGUUGACGUCUAUGUCGCAAGUUCCGAAAUCAACGACGCCUGUUAUAUUGAAAACGCCCAUGGUAACCCAGAUGUACAACAACGUGCAGAAACUCACGAGCAAUUCGCUUAGCUCGCAAGUGACAAGCACUUCUGAGAAAAUGAACACGGUUGAAAAGAAAAUGACAACUUCGAUGCAGAUGGAACUUACUACACCGAUGACUGCUUCUGAUGAGAAAGAUGAUCUGGUAAAAGUACCGACAAUCACUUAUGAUAUGCCUAACAAGAAGAAGGAUGAUGUUCUCGAUAAGGAAGAAAUCGCGAUCAAUCACAUAAUCUCUAUUCUUAAUGACACGACGCCGAAAUCGGAAGUAUCGGUGACUUUGCCGGUGCCUAAUUCCUCUCCAGGUCAGUCCUCUUGGGUGAGCAUCGACGAAACUGCAAAGCCCGUUCACCACUUAAAGAUCAGUUUACCGAGCCAUCGACCCACCACGCCCUCGACGUCUUCGACUUUCCCUUACACUUUUUACAAACCCAGCUCACUUCACAGUCUUUCCUCGACGUAUUACAAUUACGAACUCGUUCCCACUGAAACGACCUACACGUCGCAGCAUUCGACCUUUAGCAACUCGCACGUCUCGCGGCCGUCCACGCAAACCACUUACUCUGGCGCUUCCAGCGGUGUUUUCUCGACCUACUCUGGCAAUCGUCCAACAACGAAUCCUCCGGCGCCAACAGUAAUAGUUCUUGGCCCACUCGGAACAGAAUAUACUACGAGAACUACUCAGAAACCUAUAACGAGAAAACCCUCCGGCUCGUCUCCUUCUACCAAGCCCGUAGUGAUUAAAACUACUCCCGUAAAAACUCAAACAGUCAGACCCACCACGCUGGUUAGCACCAAGAAGCCCAGCGUGUCUACCACUAUCACUCAUAACAUCAGCACCGUCAUCUCCAACGUUGUAACUAGCAACAAUGUGGUCUCUACCAGCUACAUAAGUGUCAAUCUGAAGGACGGCACCAGUGCGAAACCAAUAGUCGAGGUCAGCACCGAGGCAAUCGCGUCGCAAACUGUAAGUACAAAGGACCGACCGACUACAAAAAAGCCUGUAAUCUGGACCACGCUCUCUUCGUGGUCGGACAAGCCGUCGUUCCGUCCAAAACCGUCGACGCCCAGUUUUCAUUGGCCGGAUGAAAAUUUGACGCCGGUCAACAAUGUUAUUAUCAAAGACACUACAAUCGACUUUAAGGCUACUACCAGCACACCAUGCGACGACGAAACCGCAGCGCCGGACGAUCUCAUCAACUUCCCGCCAGUGCGAAACCCGAAUCUCAACAUCUCUAUGCCAAUCUCGCAGCAAGAAAAACCGACCAUUGUCGAAAUAUAUAACAACACCGGAUAUCCGGACAUCGAGCUGAUCAGCGAGAAUGACAUUCCGACGCCUACUUUUAUCGAGGAUGAUGUGCUGACAAACAAGGUGGACGCUUUCGUCAACAAGAUCGUCGAGUCGCUGCAAGGGGACUUCCAGAACUUGAAAGAUGUGGUUUACAACGGAAACGGCACCACCACAACCUCAGCUUCACCGUCUACCGUAACGAGAAGACCAACGACUAGUGGAAACGUCACGACGAAGAAACCGACACGAAGGCCUACGACUAGACCGGUGUCGUCAUUGACGACGACGAAAAGACCAUCAGCGACUACAAGAAAGCCGACUCGUGCUACUCAGAAACCGCUGUCGUCCGAGAAACCAACACGUCCUACCAAAGGAACUACUUCAAGACCCAAACCAAGUACAGUGCAAAACGUGACGACAAAAAGACCUCAAUUAACAACGAGACGUCCGAAACCGACCAGAAAACCUACAAUUGCGCUGUCCAGCAGCACGGAAGUGAUUCUACUUUCAGAACAAAGCCAAACUACAACUGAAAAUGAGAGCAGCAGUUCGGAAACAAGUGCCACUCCUGACUUUCGGAAUCAAUGCGGAGUAAGGCCUCUGGUCUCAAGAAUAGGCAAGAUCGUCGGUGGAAAGGGCGCGCAAUUUGGAGAAUGGCCGUGGCAGGUUUUGGUUCGCGAGGCGACCUGGCUCGGUUUAUUCACCAAGAAUAAAUGCGGAGGAGUGCUUAUUACCGAUAGAUAUGUAAUAACGGCGGCUCAUUGUCAACCGGGCUUUCUGGCUUCCUUGGUCGCGGUGUUUGGCGAAUUCGACAUUUCGGGCGAGCUGGAGACGAAGCGCAGCGUAACAAAGAACGUUCGCCGCGUCAUCGUGAACCGCGGUUACGAUCCGGCGACGUUCGAGAAUGACCUGGCGCUUCUGGAACUGGAGUCGCCGGUGCAGUUCGACGAACAUAUCGUACCGAUUUGUAUGCCGGAGGACGGAAUGGACUUCACCGGACGGAUGGCAACAGUCACGGGUUGGGGCCGACUUAAAUACAAUGGUGGCGUGCCGUCGGUGCUGCAAGAAGUCCAAGUGCCCAUAAUGGAGAAUGCCGUCUGCCAAGAGAUGUUCCAAACAGCAGGACACUCCAAAUUAAUUCUGGAUAGCUUUCUCUGCGCGGGCUACGCUAACGGGCAGAAAGACUCUUGCGAGGGCGACAGUGGCGGUCCGCUGGUAAUGGAACGACCGGACGGCAGAUGGUUUCUCGUCGGUACUGUUUCGCACGGUAUAAAAUGCGCGGCUCCAUAUCUACCGGGUGUAUAUAUGAGGACGACCUAUUUCAAACCCUGGCUGCACAGUAUCACCGGAGUCUGAGGAACACAGAUCAUCAUCAUCAUCGCGUAUUCGAGUGAUCGCGCGCGAGCGGGCACCCGAUGCCAUUCUGUAUAAAUGUACAAAGGAAGCUUAAUUUAUUUCAUUCUACGGAAUAGAAACGUACGAGAAACUCAAUUAAGUGACACUGCCGCGGCGAUACAACUGGACUUGAAAACAUUAGACCGAAACGUAUUUCGAUAUUUAGAUAACAACGAAAUGUUCUACGCAUUCUCGUUCUUUCAUUUCUCAUUAUUUAGUGACACAACGAACGCUUGCAUAAAUCAACGAACUUCGUUGUACAAGCGACGAGACACAUGCACAUCAAUCUCGGGUUAUUUAAAUUUCGAAAUAGGAUUCUAGCAGAACUAUUAGCGCCAAAACUCUCGUUUUUUUUUUGGCGCGCGACGUUGCAUUUAUGCGUAUUAAUGUUUAACUCGUUCUUUUGUGCGUGCAUGUGUAUGUGCGUGUGUAUACGUGUGCUUGGGGAGCCGACAUUAAAACAGAGUGUCUAUCGGAAGUAUUUCUAUAAACCGUCAUAAUUGGAAGGGUAAGAUUAUAUAUAUUUAUUUGAUGUUUUUUUGUCGAAGAAAUGAACGCGGAUUUAAUUUAUAAUUCGUGACAGCCGUUCUAUGUAGCAAACUUCUUUUAUUCACUCUGAAGUUCAUUUAUCUAAUUGUCUCUCUAUAAAAUAUUAAUUGCCUAUGAUUUAAAAGUUAGUUUGUAAACAAUUUAUUUCUCAAAAAGUUAAUUUUAAAUUAAUUAAUUAAGACAUUUCAAAAAGAUCUUAGGAUAUGAAUUCUAAAUAUCUUGCAUUUACAUAAUUUCAAAUUAUAUUUGCUUUUUUUUAUAUUAUGUAUUUCUGUGUACGAGCAAUUGUUGAAUAAUGGAUAUGGUUACACGAUAUUCACAUUAUUACAUAAAGACGAGUUACAAGCCUUUUAUUUAUUUCAUUGUUUUAGAUAUUAUUUAUUAAAUAAAAUCUUUUUAUAUAACAAUAUGUACGUGACUACCCACAUGCAACUAUAUUUUAUACAAAAAUCGAUUAGAUGUUCAUUAGACGUCACAUGGAAUUACGAACGUUCAUUAGACGUCUAAUGGACAUUACGUCUGUUGUGAAUAUUUUAUACACCACCGACACUCUUCACGUAUGAAAAUAAAAACCAUCGUCAGCAUUUUGACGUCACAACGUCAUGUAUGUCGCGAGGCAAUCCCGCUGUUAAAAAUAUUCUUCAAAUCGAUCAGACUUUAAUAACUUCAUUAAUAUGUAUGAACAACGUCAUUGUCGAUGAUAACGUUGUUGAUUCCGGUGUCUCUCGUAAUUCUUGUUCAUUUAACACGUGUUUGAACCAAAAGAACGUGGCAUCGAUAAAAUUCUUCAAACUAUAGCGCGCACAAGCCACUCGAGGAAUCUGUUUAUUCAAACUAAUUUCCACAUAAUGUUCAUUUUAUUUACAGCGAAAAACCGAUGUAAAUAUCGUUAUGCGCAGCAGAAGUUUAUUCGUUUAAUGCUAGAUAGAGACACACGUGUGCUUAAAUCGCUAUUUUAUUUAUACUUUAUUGUUGCUUUACUAUUGUUUUAAAACUAAAACUUUUUGAAAUAAAAGUGUGCUUAUUUUUUGCAUUUUGCUUUAAAAGCAUGAAUACACACGUAAGAUUGUAUAACUUUUUAUCAAAUAAUAUUUUAUAUUUCUUUUUUAUAUAUAAAAAAUCUGCAUUAUCAAUAAUUUCUAAACUAUUAGGUAAUUAUCACUUUGUAUAAGUCGUAAAAAAAUUUAAAGAUCAAUGUCCAUAUCCUCCCCUUCCCCAAGAUAUUUCAUAAUAAUAGAAUGUUCUGCUUGUUAUUUUGUUAUAUGUUCUGUGAACAUGAUGUUAAUGCUAUGUUUACUUGAUAAAUGAAAGGAUAAUUGUAGCGUGUUGAGAUCGUAAAAUACAGGGAACAAAACAUGUUUCGUACCACCAAUUGAGAUCUUCAAAUGUGAAUUCAGUUAAAAGUAGCCAUGCAUGAAAUAUAUUCACAAAUAUUUUUUAUACAGAAGAAACCGCAUGGAAGUUACGGUUGUCACCAUUGCAUUAUUGCUAUAAUAUUAUAUCUUUGUGAACUUUGCUAGAUAAGAAGUUACGAAAUUAUGUAUUGACAAUAUAAAAAGUAAAAUACA